GAGAUCCGGGAAUAACUGCUGGCAAAAUGUGGAGCUGGCUGCCUCCAACAGAUUACUUUCCUUCGCAACCAGAGAAGAAAUAUGACAUCAAAGAACCACAAUAUAUGUGCAGAGUUUGUGGAAAAGCAUUCCGCAGCCAGAAUUCGUGUUAUGACCACAUGGCUAUUCAUCGUGGCACUUCAAAAUGUAGCAUUUGUGAAUGUGUUCUUAGCCGAAAAGCUAAUAUGAAGCGCCACAUGAGAUUUGUUCAUGGUGUUUUUGAUACAGCAUGAAGAGUACUGUGUUUAAAAAAACAGUGUAUAGGCACUAUUCAAAUUCUGUUGUUGAUUAUAUUUUUUUAUCUUGAAUAAUGUAUUUGAAGUUUGUUUCAUUCAGAAUUGUAACAGAAGUUUUGAAAAAGUUUGAAUUUUAUCACUUAAGAUUCCUUAAUCUAAAAUUUUGUUGUGCUUUCUUUAAUUUGGGAUUACCAAAUAUUAUACCAUAUAUUUGUGAGAUUAGAUUUUUUCAUACUUUAAGAUCGUUAUUUUCAUUUAGAAAUAGAGAGCAUCAUAUUUAGGAGUUUUUAGCAUUUUCUUCCAUUAGGUAUGAAUUGAGAAAAUUUUGUCUGCUAGCCUAACAGUGGUGUUUUCAUUGUGAAGUGAUAAUAGCAUGAGGUUUUCUUAUUCCUCUGUGAAUUUUACUAUUGAAUUUGUGGAUGAAUAUUAGCUUUUGGCUUCCUAAGUAUAGAAUAACACCACAAGUAUAUAUGUGACACACUAGGUGGAUUUUAAUUUUCUCUGAAAAUGAUUUUAUGUAUCUUAUUUGGAAGUGAAAGAGUUCGUGAAGUAAAUGGUGAAUGGGGCUCAUUAGGUUUAAUCCUUCCUGUCGCAGGCUUUCUCAGGCAUCACCUCAUCAAGAUGGGAGUGCACGGGAAAUUGUGUUGGCAGUGCAAGCACAAGCAUCGCACCACUCAAAAGGGGGCCUUCCGUCAGACCCGCUUCAUGUGUUGGGAGUGUAAUGUUUGCCUUUGUAAAGACCUGUGUUUUGAAGAAUAUCAUGCUGAAACUGGUAUUCCUAUUAGUUGAUGUUAAGGUAGUGAAAACAGAUAACUGGUGUUCUGCUGAGCUGGCAGGUUUACGCUUGUUCAGCCUCCAUGCUAACUACUUCCCAGACAACCUUUCAUUUUGCAGUCCACUCACCUCCCUUUGUAACAUUCAGCUUUUGCUUCUGGUGAUACCUUGCCUCUUCCCUUUUACAGUGCCUCUCAUGACGAUCAUUAAACAAGAAUUUGUAGGUGUAAUUUGAUGAAACAAUGUGCAAAAGAUUGUAUUAGGACAUUUUGACUGAUGUGUUGUUCAGUGAGUUAAAAUGAACCUUGGCAUAAAACUGUAAAAGAAAUUGUACUCUUUGUGAAAUACUUUUUGUAUUUUCAUAUUCCUUGUAAAAUCAGUGUUUGAAAAAUAUGUAUGUUUAAAAUAUGUUUCUUGUACCUCUACUUCUUUACUUCGUGUGUAUUAAUACAGUUUCUUUAGAUUCCAAAGAACUUUCUGAUUACCCUUUGCCUUUUGCACUUUGCGAUCACUUAAUGAAGAAAUGACUACAGAAACCAAAGAACAUAUCUUAUUCAUGUAAUAAUCGAGAACCUAUGCAGGCUUGACAUACAUUAUGGUGUAUCAUAGGCAUUGAGUUUCAUUUUCAUACUUGUGAAAUUAAAAAAUAUCAUUUGGUAGUGGCUUAAAUUGAGGUGAUAUUUGCCCUCUAUUCUGUUUUUAUUAUGCCUUUAAGUUCAUUGGCUUUCUAUGUAAACAGGGAAUUACUCUCCAAGAAAACAUUGUUGGUGACAAAUAAUCUGCCACACUUUCAAGGUAGUAAACUUAAUUGCUUUUGAAAGUUUCACUGAAUUCUCUGGAAUAUUUAUCAUAAUUAACAUACGGUUUGUUAGUUCCUUGUUUGACACAAUACAGUAAUUGAUGGCAUUUGAGGCUGUAAAUACCGUUGGGAAAUGUGUUGGCAUUCAACUAUGCUGCUGGAGCUUAAUUUGCAAUUUGAUAAUCUCAAUGGCAUGCACAGGGUUGAGGGGGGGCUCAUGGGGCUUCAGUCCACCCCCCACCCCAAACACGACACACAUUCACAAAGAUAGUUUUUAACUAACAUCUUGUUUGACUGUGUCAUUAAUAGAGCCCGUACUAUCAGGCCCUUAUUUUUUCUAAAAUAGUCAUGCUAAAAGGCAUUUAUUUUUACUAAUAUAUGCAUGCAAAAAGGCAUUUAUUCUGGAAGUAGGUGUGUAAAAAAGGCAUAUAAACAAUGAAAAAUCACAUUUAAAAGGAAUUAUUGUAAUAUAUUAGUUAUUAAAAUGAUUGACAUUUCUAUUCUAACUACAAUUUGCAUUGUGGUUGCGUAGGCUUCCGCGGCUGGAGUUUAUGUUGGGCUAUCUGGGUCGCGGCUCGUCCCGGAUAGCCCAGCCUACAAUUUGCAUUAGCACUUACAUAUAAAGAAACUAUCUAUUCCUUGUAAUUUGGAUUUCAUGUGACCACUCAGUAUGAUGACUACAAAUUUGUUUUACUUGUUCUCUUUCAAAUGCUACUGUGGACUGUUUUGAAUCUUGAAAUGGCAUCAGUGAAAAUGGAAUUAUAUUUUUCUCUCUUUGCCCUUAUGUAAUUGCUACAGCUGAAAAUGGUGUAUCAUAUACUGAGAGCUCUGUCCUCAGAAGGGAUUGGACACCUUACUCAAAAGUAGGAUGGGAUUUCUCAGAAGUGAUGCAAGCGAGCAGCGGUGUCUGUCAGCAUUUAUGCAAAAAUUUCAAAUAUAUUGAGUGGUAUCAUCCUCCUUUUUCGUUUAUAUAUGUAAUACUCCAUGGCCCUGCAUUUUCUGCUUCCAUAAUAAUCAAAAAUACAAUCAUGGCUUCAUGUUGUCCAGGCUUGCAGGUAUUUUUUUUUAGCUUGUUUGAGUUUGGGGUCGGGCGAAAGAGGCAAACAUAAUGCAACAAAAACAACAAAAAAGUCUAAAUGAAAAUUACUAAAACAACUCCAGAAGAUCAAUUAAGGGUUUUGUUUUGUUGAAGUCACAAAAUUGGAACAAUAAAAAGGCAUUUAGCCAAAUUUAUGGGCUCUAGUUAUUAAUAAAGAUAAAUCAAUAAUUAAAAAUUAAUUUUAAAUUUAGCGUAUAUGAAACAUAUUCUAUGACAAAAUAUCAAGUUUACUGAACACUAAACCUUAACCCUCCCAGUGAAAUAAUUCAUAUUACAUCACUGAAUAAUUACGGGUUCUUAUUGAAGUGAAUAUAAUUAUUUUAAUUUCUUUUGAAUGAAAAUAUUUUCCUAUCUGAUGAAAUAGUUUUCUUUUUUGUAUUUACAAUUCUCGGUUUAAUUAAUUUGGAACACGUUUCCCAUUGAUGCGCUUUAGUAGUGGUCAUAAAAUUAUUGCUCCAGUAUAGUUUUUGAAUUGCAAGGAGGAAAUCAGGAAAGAGCUAAAUUAUUAAUAAUGUAAUACUUCAAAUGUAAUACUCCAGAUAUGUUUUGAAACAUAAGUAAGACUGUUGACAUUAAACAUUGCAAAGAAACACAAGAUUACAUCAUACCUUUGAAUUACAAAAGUCAGCAGGAAGUGUAGAUAAUCGGGGAAUUGGUAAUUUCUUUUUAAAUGGGGGAAAAAAAGAAAAAGAAAAAAAAAAGUUCUUUCAAAAGAUUUUUUCUUUCAAUUGUUGACACAAUUUCAACUGUUUUGUGACAUUAAAUAAAUAAAUCAAUAAAACACUAUUAUUAAACAGUGUGGAGUUGACUAAUAAAUGUUGGGUAAAAACGUGUGAAGUUCACAUGUAUGUACACACAUAGUUUGUUAAUAAAUUUUUGGAGCAGUGCUUACAAUUAUCAUAGAUGUAAUAACUCAGAAAAUAUGAGUAAUGUUACUAUUGCCUGUAAUUAUAAUUAAAUACAUUAUUAAAGAAUUAUUUCUAAUAUCUCUCGAUGAUGUUUUAUAAUUAUUAACACCAUCUGUUGCUGUGUUAGAAUAUUUGUAUAUAAACAGGGGGGAAAUUAAAAUUAUUCAUGUGCUCAUCAGUUUAAUAUUUCUUUAACUUUGCUAUAUUUCAAUUGAAAUAAAUUGUUAGUAACCUGCUGGAAGAUAGUAGUCUCAAGCUCUUGUGUAUGAUAAAAUCUGCAAAUUGUAGAAUUCUUAGAAAAGUUUAUUUAAAGGCAGUUUUGCAUAUUCUUAAUUCUGUCACAUCUUUGUUGAGGUCUCUCAAUUAAAUAUUGUAUCUAUUUCAGUGUGUAUCUGUUAAGAAAUUAGCAACUAUACCCUCAACUAAGUUUUGCACUGAUUGCAAUUUAUGAAAGAGUGUGACCAGUGAAUGUGACAAUGAAUAUACAGUUUUUGCUCAAACUAUGCACUAGAAGCAAAUUAUGCCAAGCAAAUUAUUUGUUCGAACUAUAUUUUUCUUCAGAAUGACGAAUUCAAUGAAUAAACGUUUUAUUUUGCUUUCUUAACAAUAGGAAUAAUUGGAUGCUGAUUUUCUUAUGUAAAAGCUUCAAUGGUAAUUGUGAAUCUAGAAAUUUUCGUUAGGGGUUACAUUUAUUAUGAUGUUCACGAGUUAUUAAAAACUUGUGUUGUGAGAAGUAGUAAGGAAUAUACUUGAAAAGAUCUUUAAGUAAAAUGUGAAUGACAUUAAAUGUUAAUUGCCAGUCCAUUUUCCAGGAGGAACUUUUGUCCAUUUCAUAUUUUGAUACUUUCUACAAGUAGAAGUUAAUAGAUUUGUCAUCACUGAGCAAGAUUUUUUCAAGCAAUGCAUGAUAUGAGACUUAGUUUUGAUAUAUUUUGCAAUGAAAAACCCUUGAAAAGAUCUUGUGCCUUUCGAUGGAAGUGUGAAAGUUGAAGCAAAAUCUCUUCAGGAAUUUUUCUGAAUCUCAUUUUUAGAUGUUUUCUUAGUUGUUAAAUUCUCAAUAGGUUCAGAAAAUUAUUCGGCAAUAUGCCCAAUUCUUUCAGUUGCAAAGAUUUUUUGUUUAACUUACAAAAGGAAAGAUAACCUUAUCUUAUACUCAGUAUUUAGUCAUGAAAAUUAUUUUAAAGAAAUAUAUAUUGUGUCACUUUAAUUUUAAGAGUUAAAUCUCUUGCGAUAUAAAAGUGUAUUUUGAUUAAUAAAAGGAAGAAACAGCUAUCCAUCUAAGCACAGCUCAGAAACACUUUGGGCAGUUGCUUGUGUAGUGUAAAGACUAAUCGAUGAUUAAACACUUAACAUGUCCCAACAAGGUUUCAGAUAGAUAUGUAAUGGGACUGAAAAUGUCAGAAGCUAAGAAUAUUUGGUGUUACCAUGAUAAUCAAUGAUACAAAUUUUAGGUUUUAUCUUUGAUCUGUAAUAUUUGAUGAUUUUAUGACUUGAUAUUUCCAUUGGCCAAAUCCAAAUUUAAUUUAUUAUUUGUAUAUCUUGUUUUUGGUCUUGGAAUUUCUUGUUUGUGUAGGUUACAUUCAUGUAUAAUGGUUGAUAAUUACUUAGAGAUUUCAUAAGUUUUUAUAAUUACUUGUGUAUACUAUUUGAAAUUGUAUGAAAUCGAGUGUUUUCAUGUACGUUUUUUAUUGGUCAGGGAUGUAUUGUGUUGUAAAUGUAAAAGACCUUAUCA